AUGUGUCAACUCCAUGAUGUGCUCUUCAUGUCGCCGCAGGACGGAGACCCAGAGACUGGUACACUGUACUUCACCGUCGUUACAGGUGGAUGUCCCUCGACCCAUGCCCACAACCGAAUUCUUAACUUCUGCUAUGAGGUUCAUUUCAAUAGACUGAACUAUGCCGAUGGUGUCGCUGAUUGUAACUCAAGAGGAGACCACUUCAUCGUCAUUGACAGUCAAGAGAAGCAAGACCACAUGCUGAAGCAAAUCACCGCUUCAUCAGAGGCUGUGGAAAAGAAAUACCUGAUCGAUGGAUCAAAAAACAAUACUGGCGGAAUUUGGCUAUCCCACGAUGGAACACCAAUGACGUAUUUUGCCUGGGUGCCCCCUUACCCAAAGAAUUUGGCUAAUCAGUUCUCUAUCAUCGCAGAUCCAGGCGCGGACUUUCAGUGGGGCGACAAAUCAGGGACAUUACCCAAACGUUACAUUUGUCAGAGGGAUAUUUGA